AUGGAUGACUUCGAGCUGAUGGGCGAUGCGAGCGAUACGGACAUGGCGGAGCAGCACGAAGUCACAGACGCCGACAAUCGCUACAUAGAGCAGCAGGAUGACACGGACAGCGACUAUCGCCACACGGAGCAGCACGAAAACACGAAUGCCGGCUAUGACCGUACACAUCAGCGCCGAGUCUACUACGACGCGGGUCCAGCUGGUGGCGAUCCGGAGCAGCGGCAGGUGUACUACGACACGGAUGAAUCGCUCGCAGCGAGCGACGACGACGACGACGACGACAACGAUGCCUUUCCGGGCGACGACGACUUCGGGUUCUCGUGGAGGCGACGAGGCGCUCAGCGAGGCGGUACCCGGUCGUUUCAAGACAACUCCGACGACGAUAAUGAUCUCCUGGAAGGCCCGGAGGACGUGAGCGCGCGGCAGGUGCGGCGGGGGCGGGACAUUCAGGGGAUUCCGUGGGAGCGGCUGCACCUGAGCCGGGAGAAGUACCGCGCGAUGCGGCUGCAGCAGUACAAGAACUACAAGAACCUCGACGUGUCGUUGGAUGUCGUGGAUAAGGAAGUGCAGCAGGUAACGACGGGCAGCACGCUGUACGAGUUCGCCCACAACACGCGCGCAGUCAAGUCCACCAUCGUGCACUUCCAGCUGCGCAACCUCGUGUGGGCCACGUCAGCGCAUGACGUGUACUCGCUGCACAACCACGUCAUCAACCACUUCUCGCCGCUCACGCGCAAGUCCACCCCGGUCCUGGACCUGGGGAACCCCCUCGCCGCCAGGCGUCACGCCCCCAAUCACGCCCACGCGCCCACAGCAGGCGCGCGGGGCGCAGGAGGCGCGGGGGUUGCAGCAGGCUGGGGGAAUCAGCGCAGCGGAGUGGAGCUGGAGCCCUCUGCGCGGGCAAUUUACACUGGAGCCAUGCCCUCCGCUGCGGGCUCCGCUGCUGCUGGGAGAAGCAACAGCAGCAACGGUACAGAGGAGGGCAGAGCGGUGCUGGGGAGAGAAGCAGGGGGAUUGCCCCCCUCCCAACAGCAGCAGCAGCAGCAGCAGCAGCAGCAGCAGCAGCAGCAGGAGGGGGUGUGGGAGUCGGUAGAUCGGGUACAAGUGAGCACCAUGUGCGUCAGGCACGGACUGCUCGUGGCAGGGGGCUUCCACGGGGAGAUGGUCUGCACCAGGCUCGGCACAGGCUCGGACGCGGACGCAGGCUCGGGGUCGGAAGCAGGAGUAGCGUUCACAGGGCGGAUCUCCCAAGAUCAGAGCGCAAUCACGAACGCUGUUGAGAUCUUCAGACCUAACAGUGGAGCACUGAGCGUGCUCACAUCCAACAACGACUGUGUGGUGAGGGACUUCGACGUUGCUACCUUCUCCAUCCUCUCACGCCACGCCUUCCCCUGGCCCGUCAAUCACACGGCAGUGGCGCCGGACAGCCAGCUGGUGUCAGUGGUGGGGGACGACCCCGAGGCGUUACUGCUCGACCUAGCCUCUGGAAAGGUUGUAGCGCGCAUGCAGGGCCACGUGGACUACUCCUUCGCUACAGCCUGGCACCCAGGUGGCUACCUCUUUGCUACGGGCAACCAAGACACCACGUGCCGUGUGUGGGACCGCCGGCGACUAGACAACUCCCUGUUCACCCUCAAGGGGCGCCUGGGGGCCAUUCGGUCACUCAGAUUCACUAGUGACGGCAGGUUCAUGGCCAUGGCUGAGCCAGCAGACUUCGUGCAUGUCUUUGACACGAGCAGCGGGUUUACUCGAGCACAGGAGAUUGACAUAUUCGGCGAGAUUGCAGGGAUAUCGUUCUCCCCCGAUACAGAGGCGCUCUUUAUUGGCGUGGCGGACCGCACGUACAGUAGUCUCCUGGAGUACACCCGCGCACACUCGUAUGCUUAUUUUGAUGCUUGCAUCUAA